AUGUCAACCCGGACACAAACCCAGACAGAGACCAUUAUCCUCCAAACUAAAGCUCCAGUCGAGCCAACUUCAGAGCAACCGACUAUCCUACAAGAACCAGAGGUUGAAGACCCUCCACAGCCAAAAUGGCUAUAUCCCAAGAUCAUCAGCGCAGGACUAUCAUUUUUCAUGGCCGGAGUAAACGAUGGUAGUCUGGGCUCACUCAUUCCAUAUGUGAUACGCAGCUAUUCACUUGAUACGAACAUGAUCUCCGUGUUGUACGGCGUAACAUUCUUCGGCUGGCUCAUCGCCGCCCUCUCCAACAGCAUCAUCUGCCAGAACCUCGACCUCGGCCUCAUACUACUCCUCGGCGCCGCCCUCCAAAUCCUCGCCCACGUCUUGCGUACCUGGCUCCCACCUUUCCCGCUGUACGCAGUAACAUUCCUUCUCGCCAGUCUCGGCCAAGCAUAUAACGACACCCACGCCAAUACAUUUGUGACUUCUGUCCGCAAAGCACACCGCUGGCUCGGAUUCAUUCAUGCUAUGUACAUGGCCGGAUGUCUAGUUGGACCUUUUGUUGCUACGGCCGUUGCUUCUGCGAAUGAAGACUCGAAGUGGAAUUUAUUUUAUACUUUUCCGUUAGGGAUUGGAGUUGUUAAUAUGGUGAUUGUGCGUGUAUCGUUCCACGAUCGUAUGAAGUUGUCACCGAAGAGGAAAAGGAAAACCCCAACGAUUGCUGGUGCUGAAGCAGAGUCAGAGUCAGAGUCUACGGGACGCGCAGCUUGGAAAGAAAUCAAAACUAUUCUUUCUAUGCGAAGUGUAUGGCUAUUAAGUCUAUUCUUCUUUUUCUUCCUCGGUGCGGCUAUUACAGCCGGCGGAUGGAUUGUCGAGUACCUCGUCCAGGUGCGGAAUGGAGAUCUGAAGGAUAUGGGUUAUGUCCCUGCUGGUUUAUCGGGUGGUGGGUUUUUGGGUCGUCUUCUUCUUGCAGAACCGACGCAUCGACUUGGUGAACGGCGGAUGAUAUUCAUAUAUGCUGUUUUGUGUGUUGGAUUGCAACUUGUUUUCUGGUUGGUUCCAAAUAUCAUCACUGAAGCCGUUGCUGUCAGUCUAAUGGGGUUUUUCUCUGGUCCUUUCUUCGCGACUGGAAUAUCCGUCGGAUCCAAACUCUUUCCUCCGGAAAUGGUCUCCCCUGCAAUCGCAUUUGUCUUCGUCCUCGGUCAAAUCGGUGGAUCCAUCUUUCCCGCCAUUACAGGUGUCAUUGCCGCACGGGUCGGUGUCAAGGUCUUACAGCCGAUGUUGGUAGGACUAUUCAGUGCUACGGCGGUCAGUUGGUUACUUCUCCCAAAGGACAUUGAGCUUCACCGGGACUAG